AUGGAUUUGAUUCAGAAUGCCACCAGUGGAGGCUACUUCACUAAUAACGAGAUAGCUGAGCUACGAGGAAAGAAGGUCCAGGCUAAGAUAAGCGAUGUGGAUUAUCUGAAGACGCAUCCGGAGGUUGAGCAGGUCAUUGAGCUGCUAUAUAUGAGCGUGCUCGAGCAUAAGCCGCCUCGCGAUCAGCUAUAUGUUUUUGUGGCCAACUUCUUUAGACAGCUUAACGAAGAGCGGCAACGGGCGAUGGGGUAG